AGUAACGAGUCAUUAAUUGGACAUUGCCUGCUGCCCAUUGCUGGGUGACUGCGCUGUACUGACUGGCUCAUUGUGAGCAUGAGUAAGCCAAGUGCAACGGGCUCCUCCUUUGCCUCAUUGCAUACAGUGAUGUUCAAGUAGGAGGCGGCUCCUUAGGCUAGAGUUGCUAGAAGGCACUUUGGAAGCACAAGCUCAAUCUUCUCUUGUAGUUGCGGGCAUUAUGCUGUGCUCACAAUGAGCUGGCGGCCUCACAGUACCCAUGGAGUCGUUCUGACAGCUUACCACGCCAGUAACAAAGCAGCGGCGGGUAGCAAAGCGACCAACAGCGCCGAGGUCUCCCCCAGAAGUCGCAAAUCUGGACAAUAUACUAUGAACCAAGGAAAUGUUAACCCAAGCCUUGACAAGGUAGCCUUUAACCGAUCUGGCUCCCAGGACUCCCUGGAUGAGCUGUCUUUGGAUGACUACUGGACAGAAGUUGAAAAUAUCAAACAAGACACUAACACCAGUCAAGAGGAACAAAAUGUUGUAAAAGAACCUGAUGAAGGGGAGCUGGAAGAGGAAUGGCUCAAAGAGGCUGGCCUGUCCAAUCUGUUUGGUGAGUGUGCUGCAGACCCUCAAGAGAGUAUUGCUUUCCUCUCCACUCUGACCAGGACUCAGUCUGCAGCAGUCCAAAAAAGAAUUGAUACAGUUACACAGACCCUAAGGAAAAAAAACAAGCAACAUCAAAUUCCUGAUGUCAGAGAUGUCUUCAAACAACCUGGUAAUUUACAGGACAAGGCUGGAGACAUCAAUGGAUUUCAGUCGACAGAAAGUAAUGAAACAAAGAAUGAGGAGGCAAAUGGAAAAGCAGAAUGUGUGGCACCAGAGGCUGCUAGAAACAUUGGUGAUGACUUUCCUGCUCCUGUAACAGAUAUAAAUCUGGAAAUUUCAUUUGCAGAACAGGCAUCAAAUCUUAAAGACUUCACAAGAGUCAGAAAUGAGAAGGAAGAUGACUCUUUGCUUCCUAAUUUCAGGCUUACACAGGACAAAACUGGUACAACGAAGAUUGGUGACUUGGCUCUGCAGGAUAUGAAAAAGGUGUCUUCUCUUGCCCUAAUUGAGCUGACGGCACUAUAUGAUGUGCUGGGGACUGACCUUAAAAUGCAAAGAGCAGCCAAAAUCAAAGUUAGAGAAUGUGGCCUUUUCAGAGUGCCAUUAUCUACUUUGCUAGAUCAAGAUCAAAAGAAAGUCCCUGGUACGAGGGUGCCACUAAUCUUUCAAAGUCUUAUAGGUCACAUAGAAAAAGGUGGUUUGGAUACAGAAGGAAUUCUGAGAAUACCAGGAGCUUCUUCUAGAAUCAAGGCUUUGAUUGAAGAGUUAGAAGCAAAGUUUUACGAGGGAACAUUUAAUUGGGAUAAUGUGAAACAACACGAUGCAGCCAGUCUAUUGAAAUUCUUCAUUCGAGAGCUCCCUCUUCCGCUGCUUACUGUAGAGUAUCUAAAAGCUUUCCAUUCUGUGCAAUACCUCCCAUCCAAAAAGCAUCGUCUGCAAGCUUUGAAUCUUCUUGUAAUCCUCCUUCCAGACAUACACAGGGAUACACUAAAGGCUUUGCUUGAAUUCCUUCAAAGGGUUGUGGAUCACAAAGAACAGAACAAGAUGAUUCUGAAAAAUGUUGCAAUGAUAAUGGCUCCAAAUCUUUUCUCAGUACACACUUCUCAGUUAAAGAAUGUGGACAAAGGUGCCUUAGAAGGUGCUUCCAGUGCUGCCCGAACAGCCUCUGUGAUGCUCUUCAUGAUCAAAUACCAAAACCUUCUGUGGACUAUUCCAAAGUUUAUUGUCGGCCAAGUAAGACAUCAAAACGUUAUAAACCAAAAGAAACUAACGAAGGAAAAGGCAAUGAAGAAACUGUUGAAAAAAAUGGCUUAUGAUCGGGAAAAGUCUGAGAAGUGCAUAAGUGAAAAUGAUGCUCCUCAGGGAUUCAUAAGGGUACAGGCCCCACAGUUUUCUAAGGUCUCCAUGGCUGUUCAGCUAACAGAAGAGUUAAAAGCGGGUGAGAUCUUGGCACGCUUUCUUAGUCAGGAAAGUAUUACAGCAAAAAAUAUAAAGAAAGAAGAAGUUUGCUUGUAUGAAAUUGGAGGAAACAUUGGGGAACGUUGCCUUGAAGAUAGCACUUAUAUGAAGGACCUGUUUCAGCUAAAUCCUAAUGCUGAGUGGGUUAUUAAAGCAAAACCAAGCGUAUGACAUUCUUAAGAACCAUUAAAAUGAACUUUGUUAAUAUUAUAUUUCUUAUCUAUGCUUUAUUUCUUGUUGCAGUGUAAAUGCACAUAUGUUUCCUUAUUAAAUUUGCCCAAAUCAA